GGUAAAUGGUAUGUGUCCUGGUUGUUUCUGGUAAUGAUGGCCUAUAUGUACAAUGCCUGGGUAAUACCAUUACGUGGUGUAUUCCCCUAUCAAACACCAGAUACUGUGGUUUAUUGGCUUGUUAUGGAUUAUAUCUGUGAUUUUCUCUAUGUUGUUGAUAUUUUGAUAUUUAAAGUACGAUUGAGAUUUAUCAACAAUGGUAUUGUAGAGACUAAUAGAAAAGAAACUAAGAAACAUUAUAUGAAGAAAUGGAUGUUCAGAUUAGAUGUAUUGGCGUUAAUUCCAUUAGAUCUGUUCUACCUUCUUGUUGGUGUAAAUCCCUGGCUUCGUGUACCACGAUUAUUAAAGAUUCAGACAUUUUGGGAAUUUUAUGACAGAUGUGAUCAGGCAGCAAAAUCUACAGCUCAUACAAUAAGAAUUAUCAAGACAAUGACGUAUAUGUUAUUUUUAAUUCAUAUUGAAACAUGUGGUUAUUACGCUGCGUCUGUAUAUCAAGGAAUAGCCAGUAAUAGAUGGGUAUAUAAUGGAGUAGGCAAUGCGUAUAUCCGAUGUUUUUAUCUGGCCACUAAAACAGCUACUUCCAUUGGUAACAAUCCUAAACCUACCAAUAAUCUAGAAUAUAUGUUUAUGGUAUUAUAUUGGUUAUCAGGAGUUUUUGUCUUUGCCUUGCUGAUUGGUCAGAUUCGAGAUAUAGUAGAAGCCGCCGGUCAUGUAAAAGAUAAAUAUCAGAAGAAAAUGGAUGCUGUAUCAUGGUAUAUGAGAUCUAUUAAUCUUCCUAAAGAAAUGCAAGACAGAGUUCGUGAAUGGUUUCUAUAUAACUGGGAACAACAAAAAACUCUUGAUGAGAGGUCACUACUAGAAGCUUUGCCAAAGAAAUUACAGGCUGAUAUGGCCAUUAGCGUACAUUUUAAUACCUUGAGUAAAGUACAACUCUUCCAGGACUGUGAUAAGAAUUUAUUAUAUGAUUUAGUUUUAAAAAUGAAAGCUUGUUUAUAUUUACCUCAAGAUUAUAUUUGUAGAAAGGGUGAGGUGGGUAAAGAGAUGUAUAUAGUCAGUCAGGGACAAGUUGAUGUUGUGGGAGGAGAAGAUGGUGAAACUGUAUUAGCUACUCUACAUGAGGGAAGUGUCUUUGGUGAAAUCAGUUUAUUAGCUAUGUCUGGAGGAAACAGAAGAACGGCUAAUGUCAGAUGUAAAGGAUUCACCAAUCUGUUUACUCUAUCUAAAGCUGAUUUUGAAGAAGCUAUGAGAGAAUAUCCUGAAGCACAAAAACUCUUAAAGAAAAGAGCCAAGAAAUUGUUAAAAGAAAAUGCAGCAAGAGAAAGAAAAGCAAAUAAAAUGGAGGCAGAAGAAAUUAUUCGAACACCAACUGGUACUCCCAAAUUAUUAAAAACAGUCAUUCAGGUAAUCAAUAGUUCACAAUUUAAUGUUUGA